AUGAGUGUUAAGCAGCGGCGAAACAAGCUCAGAGGAAUGAAACUGUGCUACAACUGUCUUCAGAAUGGGCAUCAAAUGAUAACUUGUCCCAGCAAAGGUGUUUGUGGAAAGUGUUUUGGAAGGCAUCAUACUCUUCUUCAUUUUGUUCGAGAUGAAACUCCAGCGAAGAAGAACGAACCAUCAAAGUCAGUCGAGGAGCGACAGAGGCCGGACGUAACAGAGCGACCUGUCAACGCGUCGUGUUCCAGCGUCAAUCGUCAGCCUAGCAAACAGAUCUUCCUUAUGACUGCAUUGGUUAAUCUUCAAUCUAAAGGAGGUCAAAUUCAUAAGGUGCGAGCGUUAUUGGACUCUGGCUCGCAGAUCAAUCUGCUGACGGAAUCCUUGGUGCAGAAGCUGAACCUACCCAAGUACCCAACGAAUAUUCCUGUGCUCGGCGUAGCAGGAACUCGAUCCCAGAUAAGUCAUCGAGUUGCAGUCCGAAUGUCUUCGAACUACAACGAUUUUGACGCCAUUGUGGACUGUCUUGUCACACCACGAGUGACGGGAACUAUACCCUCGACCAAGGUCAAUGUGGAUGCUUGGCAUUUACCACCCGGUAUGGUGCUGGCUGACCCGAGAUUUUACGAGCCCAACGAUGUUGAGAUGCUGAUUGGAGCUGAACACUUCCAUGCCAUUAUGUUGCGAAGACAGAUGCACAUCGCCGAAAAACUGCCAAUCUUGCUAGAGACUCAAUUUGGAUGGGUUGUUACUGGUUCUUACGAAGAGGACGACGGAGGUGGUGCACUAUACGCUAACUUUGCUGUGGCUGACAGCUUGAAGGUCUGCCUCAAGCGCUUUUCCCACCAGGAGGGGUUAAGUGAACCAGAGACGGUUACAAUUAAGGAAGAAUACUUCAAAGAAAACUUCCAACGAACUUAUCGUCGCAACGAAGAUGUAGUUCAACUGCCAUUUUGUGUAUCAGUGAGCCAUUUAGAAGGCUCCAGAUCUCUACCAUCGAAACGAAACCUCAUGCUGGAGAAAAAACUUUUGUGGAAUCCCGACCUGAGGGCUCAGUGCACGGCAUUCAUUGAAGAAUAUCAAGCGCUGGGCCACUGCCGUGAAGUGAAAGAGGAUGACGAUCCACCUGAUCUCCAAGCAUAUAUCUUACCGCAUCACUGUAUCUUGAAGCCAUCCAGCAGCAGUACGAAGCUCCGUGUUGAAGGAAUUCCAGACGCUGACCGAGAGACUUUGGUGCCAAUUCAAGACUCCAGUGCAUAUGAAGUUACCAAAGCCUUAGGACUCCUGUGGGACCCGAAAAGAGACUUGUUUCUGUUCCACAAAUCUCCUGAACAAACGAAGGAUGAUUCUCGGCCAACAAAACGAAAGGUGCUAUCCCAAAUAGCGAAGUUGUUCGACCCAUUGGGCCUUGUGUCACCGGUGAUCGUAGAAGCGAAGAUGAUAAUGCAGUCUCUAUGGGCCGCCAACAUCGGUUGGGAUGAUCCGGUGAACGGCGACUUGCUGCAUCAAUGGGAGGAGUUUCAAACGUGGUUAACUCAGCUUGGCAAAUUUGAGAUUCUUAAAUGUCUCGUAGUUUCCGAGACCAAAACAAUGGAGAUACAUGGGUUCGUAGAUGUCUCGAAACAUGCGUAUGGUGCUUGUGCUUAUCUCCGCAGCAUUGAAAGGGAGGGAUCAAUAGCACAUCUCCUAUGUAGUAAAUCGAAAGUAGCACUGUUCGAAGAAGGCACUGUUCAAAAAUUAGAACUGUGUGCUGUUCAACUAUUAUUUAAAUUGAUGGAAAAGGUCAUUCCAACGAUGAAGCUGAAAAUUUAG